GCGCCGCCGCCUGACAAGCGCCACCCGUCGUCCGCCUCGGCCACGAAAGGAAGGAGCGUCUCGGCGAGGCGGCGGCCAUGUCGAUGGGCACGGAGCUGGCGGGCAUCUGCCUGGGCGCGCUGGGCUUUCUGCUGGCGGUGGUGGCGUGCGCGCUGCCCAUGUGGAAGGUGACGGCGUUCGUGGGCGCCAACAUCAUCACGGCGCAGACCAUCUGGGAGGGCCUGUGGAUGAACUGCGUGACGCAGAGCACGGGCCAGAUGCAGUGCAAGGUCUACGACUCCAUGCUGGCGCUGCCGCAGGACCUGCAGGCGGCGCGCGCCAUGAUGAUCGUGGCCAUCAUCCUGGGCGCGCUGGGCGCGCUGGUGUCGACGGCGGGCGCCAAGUGCACCAACUGCAUCGAGGACCGGGGCGCCAAGGCCCGGGUGAUGAUCGCGGCGGGCGUCGCGUUCGCCCUGGCCGGCCUGCUGGUCCUGGUGCCGGCCUGCUGGACCGCCCACGUGGUGGUGCGCAACUUCUACAAUCCCGUCCUGACCAACCCGCAGCGGCGGGAGCUGGGCGCCUCGCUCUACGCGGGCUGGGCGGCCGCCGCCCUGCUCCUGAUCGGCGGCGCCAUCUUGUGCGCCAGCUGCCCGCCCAAAGAGCGCCGCUACAAGCCGCCCGGGAUGGCCUACUCGGCCCCGCGCGCCAACGACGCCGGAUACGAGCGCAAGGACUACGUCUGAAGCGGCCCCGUGGCGGAAGGUCACGGCUUCCUUCUGCCCGUGAAAUCGUCCGCCGAGCGCGACCCUCCAGUGGUCCUGAAGAACAACAAAGCGCAUUUCAAAAAGCAACUUUCAUCUUUAUUCUUGGAAAUCAAGUAGUCGUCUUGUAGAUCAAGUGUCGUGGGGGAGGGGGGGGGGGCUACCUGGAGCGGGCCGAUUAGGUCUUUGUGUGUGUUAGUUGGUGUCGCGUUUCACUGAAACUGUCGCUUUCAACCGGCCUGCUCUCAUUUUGCAUUUGCUUCUUGAGCACAGAUUCACUUCUGCGUGUGUGUGUGUGCGUGCGUGUGUGUGUGCGCGUGAUCGAGAGAGCCCACAAUGCGGCCUCCUCAUAUAGACUCCGACAUGAAGUUGAAAUCUUCCUGCUUUGCUCUCAUGUUCCUUUUGUCGUUCCCGUGCGUGUGCUGUGUGCUUCGAGGUGUCGCGUUUCAGCGAAACUGUGUGUUUAAAGCAACCGGCUCUCGUUUUCUAUUUGCAUUUGCUUCUUCCUUGUGCUUGUGCUUGUGCGCGCAUCAUAUUUGCUUGGAGAUGGCUGCAAGGCCACCCCUCCUCCGCUCGCAGUGAAAGUGCCGGGCACAAACUUCAUUAUCGACAUUUUGCGUGUCUUAUAGAACGCGUUUUUGUCACUCUCGUCUGAUACAUUUCAAUAAAGUCGCUCACGAAAGCUUCUUGUUGGUCUUCUUUGCCCCGAUAAC